GGAAUUAUUUAAAUGAAGAAACUACGAUUAAGAAAUUACGGAGUAUAAUUUAUGAAAUUCUAACAUUUAACAAGACUCUAUUAAGGAAUUUUUUUUAUUUUUAUUUUUAUUUUUUUGAAGCCAAACUCUCUAUUAAAGAAUUACAAUUAAGGAAUUAAUUCAACUUUGUAAAUAUAUAUGAAUAAUUGAUUUAAUUACAUAACUAUAACAAAAUCUUAAAUUUUUUUCACUAGAACUAGUUAACUACUGUAUUAUUUUUUUCUCAAAAGUAGCACCCAUUUUGUGAAACUUUCUGAAAAAUAAAUGAUUUUGUCAAGGUCCCACCAAAGUAAAAAAGAGAGGCACAUAAAAGAAAGAAAUCAAAACACGACCAAAGCAAAAAAAAGUAACGGACAUUAAAUAAAGCCUUCUGUUUUUUUUUUCAAUGUUUUUGUAACAACACCACCACCAAGGAACCCGUCAAAGCGUGUCGCACGCCUUCUUCACUCCCCCGGCUGAGUUCCUCUUCUCUGAAUAAUUCUGAUGUAAAUUUGAGAAGAUGGAGGAAAAUUCAUCAAUCAUGUUGGAGCGUUAUCGGCGUGAUCGUCAGAAGCUGCUUGAAUUCAUAAUUUCAUCCUCAAAUUUAAUCAAACAAGUUCGUACUUCUUCUGGUCCCACACUCUCUCUUUCCGACAUCAACCUUGAUACUCUCAGUGCUGAUUAUGUUCUCAAUUGCAUCAACUCUGGUGGUGUUUUGGAUGUUGCUGAAGCGACAAAUAGUUAUUACCAUGAGUUAGAGUACCCGACAAUGCAGAUCUAUUCUCAGUCAGGGAAUUCUUUUUAUACCCUCACACAAUCCCAGCUAUCUAGAUCUCCUCCUAAACGCCGGCCUCCUCCAGCUGGUGCCAGUGAGAAAAAUAAUGUUGCAGCACAGUCAUCAAACCAAGCAGGACGAAUAUCUAAUCACAAGAUUGCUUCAAGAAAAGACGAAAAUGGGUUCAAAGUUGGAAAUGUAAUGACUAGACCCUCAAAGUCUUCUGAGAGUGGUGUUGUUCCUCUUUUAGGAUUACCUCACUUACAAACAGGAUUGUCUGAGGAUGAUUUGCGGGAAUCAGCUUAUGGAGUACUGGUUGCAUCCUUAGCCUUUUCUAGGAUUGAAGUUUUAUGUGAACAAGAUCGAAAAAAGGAAAAGUCUUCUAAACUGCUAGCAGGUUUGAAAGGAAAAAAGAGUAGAGAGGUGGUUUUGCAAGCUCGGUAUCAAGAUAGAAAUUUGGAACUACUUAAUACCAUACGCACUCAAAUGGAGGUUUCAGAAGCGAUGGAUUUAUGCAUCAGGCAAUGCUUGACGCGAUGCGCUUCAAGGUCAUCAUCUUCACAAUUUGAUGUUCUGCAAAUUGUACUGGGCCUUAUUAAGAGCAUUACAAGAUCAAAUUUUCCAAAUGAAAAAUCUUAUGUUCAAUGGAAAAAUAGACAGGCAAAUAUCAUGGAAGAACUCUGUUGCCAUGGUCAUUUGACGGAGGAAUAUACUACCGUAAAAUACUCUAUUGGAAAGAUAAGAAAUGCAAGGGAAUGGGAUAUGAUGUCACCCAGUGAACGAGCUGAGAUUCUACAUUCUAUCAGUAAUUCUGCUUCGAAAAUCUUCCAUAAGCCAGGAUAUGGAGAUGAAAGAUGUGACUUGCCUGGAGGUCACCACUUGAAAGUCCGGCUUUAUGAGAAACUGCUUUCUUCAGUGUUUGACAUUCUUGAAGAAGGACAAAUUUUAGUGGAGGCGAAUGAAAUUCUGAAACUCAUCAAACUGACCUGGUCUACUCUUGGGAUCACUCAGAUUAUUCAUGAUGCAUUGUAUAGUUGGGUUCUCUUUAAACAGUAUGUUCAAACAGAUAAGGAAGAUCUGCUAGAGUACACAACUAUCCAAAUACAGAAUGUCCAAGCUGCUGAAUCUCUUUAUGAAGAAGGGGAAUGUUUGUUAUGUACGAUUGAAUGGCGAGAUAGUGUAGUUCGACUAAAUUUGGUUCCAGCUAUAUUGCUCUCCAUGCAUAUUUGGUGUGAAGGGAAACUACAAGACUAUCAUAGGCAUUUUAGUCAGAAACCAUCCAAGUUCAAGAGGAUAUUGACCUUUGCAAUGGCGACUGCAGUCGUUGAUCUAAAUGUAUUUGGCGAGCUGACUGAAACAGAUGGUUCCACAAAUGAUGCAUCCAGACUAAUAAAGAUGUAUGUGGAGAGCUCUGUUCAAGCAGCAUACAUGCUAGUUCUUAAUGGCUUGGAUCUCAAAUCAGAUAUAGAGAGGAUGCAUCCGUUGGCAUUGCUUGCAAAUGCUGUAAAAUUGGUUGCUGAGAAAGAAUUUUCUGUUUUUAGCCCUGUAUUACAUUUGUGGUGUCCUGAAGCUGGGAUGAUUUCAGCCACACUAUUACAUCAACUCUUUUGGGAAAGAUUGAGACCAUUUAUUCAGGGCAUAUCGAGUCUCUCUCAAGAUGUCAAGUUGGUUCUUUCUGCUGCUCAUAUGCUGGAUCGGGAGCUGACUCAACUCUAUUCUUUCAGCUUUCAUGGGAAUAGCUUACAUCAGCCUUUCAAAGUUGAGUUGGACCAUUUUCAGAUUGGAGAUGUCUCUGCUUCACUUAUUCUUGAUUGGUCAAUAUCUCAACAUGCAUAUAUACUGGACUGGAUUGCCCGUGUCUUUGAUCUUGAGUUGUGGGAACCUUUGACAUCUCAAAAGAAACAUGCAGGAUCUGUUGUUGAAGUAUUUAGGAUGAUUGAGGAGACGGUGGAUCAGUUUUUUGGGUUGAAUCUUCCUGUGACUAUCACACACUUGCAAGCUUUACUUUCUCUAAUCAUCCACAGCUUGGAUGCUUAUUUGUCCAAAAUGGGUUGCCAAUUAGUUGAGAAGAGCCACCUUUAUCCAUCAGCUCCAUCACUGACACGGUCUGAGGAAUCUUUGGUUACUAUCCCGAGAAAAAAGAUGGUUGAGCUCAAGAUCUUGGAUGAUAAUACUAUUAAUACCCUAAAUCAGUUGACCUUACCCAAGCUCUGUAUCAGACUGAAUACUCUUCAAUAUAUCAGAAAUCAAAUUGUUAUAUUGGAAGAUAGCAUGAGGAAGUCAUGGGGACUUGUCAGACCAGCUGUGAAGUGAAGAUGGUUUAACAUUGUAGAAGAAGAAACUCCUGAAAUCUCGGAGAGAACUAUGAGUGAAGAAUCAAUUGAUGAAUUAUUUGCGACGACAUUUGAUGGUAUUAGAAUUAGUAUCACAGAUGCUAUUGCGAAACAUAUUGACUUCACAGG